AUGACUUCAGUCAUCAACAUGGACGGUCAGGAUCAGCUACUCAGCGAUCUUAACAAUUUAUCCACCCAGCAACAUCAGGGGGAAAUGCGGAGCAACACAGACAACGUUGAAAAGAGAUGUGGGAAUCAUGGUGGGGUGUGUGCAAUAUGCUUGGAUGAGAUUGUGCUUCAAGAAACUGCUCUUGUAAAAGGUUGCGAGCAUGCCUACUGUGCAACCUGCAUUCUUCGUUGGGUGACAUACAGCCAAAAACCCACCUGCCCUCAAUGCAAACAUCCAUUUGAGUUCCUGAAUGUCCAUCGUUCGCUUGAUGGCAGCAUACAUGACUACAUGUUCGAGGAGAGCGUGUGCUUACUUCUUAGAGCAAAAUGGUUUGAGCCUCUGAUUGUGGAGGAACGUGAAGAUGUGUAUGAUGACCCUGAUGAUUAUUAUUACCCCUACGAGGACGAAGAGGAUGAUGAUCUGGAUGAAGCUUACUUCAGCAGUUCAUCGAGUGUCCGAAUCGGUAAUCGAAGAUGGGGAGAUAAUGGAUAUGUGAGAGGUGGGCGUCAAGAAGCAAGGCCUGUUCACAGAUCAAACAUAGAGGACUCGGGUGCUAGUUCGUCUCGUGAUCCUAGGAAAAAAGAGGCCGCAAUGGAUAAAACUGGGAGACGUGCGAAGCGGGCACUUAAACGUGAAGCUGCUGAUAAGGCUGCUGCAGCAAAACAUCAGCAGCAUUUGGCAAGGUUGGGCCGGAAGUAA